AUGGGUAUCCUCUCCAAGCAAGCGCUCGAGGGCAUCGCCGCGUACAAGUACAAGCCCGGCCAGUACACGUGGCUGGACCUCCAGCUCAACCACUACUGGAACUUUAUGGUCGAGCUCCUCCCGCUCUGGAUGGCGCCCAACCUCGUGACACUCACGGGCACGAUCAUCAUGGCCGUCACGACCGGCUCGCUCCUCGCGAUCUGCCCGCAGUUCAUCGGCGCCGCGCCCGCGUGGGCCUACAUCGUCUGCGGUCUCGGGCUCUUUGUCUACCAGACGCUCGACGCCAUUGACGGCAAGCAGGCGCGUCGCACGGGCUCGUCAAGCCCGCUCGGCCAACUCUUUGACCACGGCUGCGAUGCGCUGAGCACGCUCAUCAACAUGUUGAGCGCGGUCGCGGCGCUCGAGCUCGGCCCGUCGUACGCGGCGUACGCGACGAUCUGCACGGUCUCCGUCACCUUUUACCUCGCGCAAUGGGAAGAGUACCACACUGGCACGAUGAGCUGCGGCAAUGGCUACUUUGGCGUCACCGAAGGCCAACUCGUGCUUGUCUUUGUGCACUUGCUGACCGCGGCAGUCGGCGGUGACUUUUGGCGCCUCGAGGUGCCCUACACGCCGUACACGUUUGCCGAAGUCCUCGUCGUCUCGUUGGUGCUGAGCAACAUCAUUCUUUCCUACACCAACAUCACCAACGUCUUUUACGCGCCGGCCGACCACCUCCAAGGCGAAGAGCUUGGCAACAAGCAGGUCUCCAAGGCCGUCGCGUUGGCCCAGCUCUUCCCGCCGUUCGCGGUCACGCUCGCCGGCUACCUCUUGAUUGCGGCCUACCGCCCGCAGUACGAUGCCUACCCGCUCCUCUUCCUCGUGCCCAUUGGCCUCAGCUUUGUCAUGUUCUCGUCGCGCAUGAUUGUGAGCCAUAUGUGCAAGGUGCCGUUCACGCCGCAGUUCCGCAUCCUCUUCCCGCUCGUUGCUCUCUUGGCAGCGACGUACUCGCAGGUCGAGGCCUUUGCGGCCGUGCCGCCGCUCGUGGCGCUGACGGGCUACUGCGGCAUCGUGCUCUUCAUCUACUUUCAUUACAUGCUCUCGGUCGUCUUUGAGAUCUGCGCCCACCUCCAGAUCCCGCUGCUCACGCUCCCGGCCAAGGCGACCAAGGCCGAGUAG